UUUUGAACAAGAAAACAAACAACUCAAACAUGAUUUAAAAUAUAAAAGGAUUCAAAAUAAAACUCUUCAAGAUCAGUAUAAUGAUUUGGAAAAAGAAUUAAAACAAGAAAAGAAAAAAACACAAGAACUACAAGAAGAAUUAAAUAUUAAAGAAUCUUGUAUUAAUGAAUUAGCAGAACGUAUUGUAUAUUAUACUGUACAUUUUGGGCCAGCUUUUCAAGUUUGUCACAAUUUAUAUGAACAAGAAAAAUUUGAAAAAAUUUUAAAAGAACAAGAAGAAAAUGAGAAAAAAAAAGAAAUUGAUGUUUAUUUGGUAAACAAAGAAGAAAACAAGAAUGAAUUUAUUGUUAAUGACAAUGAAUAUGAUUGUUCAACAAAUUGGCAAAUUGAUGACAGAAAAGAAAAAGAAAUUAACAAUUAUUUAUUAAAUAAAGAAAAAGAAAAAGAUGAAUUUAUUAUUAAUAAUUAUAAUUAUUUUACUAAAAAAAUUGAUAAUUAUUCAACUAAUGAUUAUAAUUAUAAGGAUAGCAAAAAAUUUGAUGAAUUAAGUUAUAUCGAUUUUUAA